AUAUAGGAACUCGGUCGGAUCAGUGAGUUCACAUACUGCAACUGGAAAGCCAAGUGUCUUUAUGGUAAUAAACAAGAUUACCAAGUUUUUGCUUUGAACAAGAAAACCAAGUUGAUCAUAGACUUGUAUGGUUCGCCACAUUCCUAGGCACCCAAUCCAACUAACAGUCAAAAACAAGGGAAGUCCCCUACAGUAUCCCCCAACCCACCUUCACAAAAAUGAACCCCCUUUGUUUCUUCUUCCUAGCUCUUCUCUUCUCUCAGACUUCUCUGUCUUCUUCCGCUUCACCCUCAACCUCCGAACUCUUUGAAACUUGGUGCGAGCAAUAUGGAAAAUCCUACUUUUCAGAAAAAGAAAAGCUGUACAGGCUCAGUGUGUUCGAGGACAACCUUGCCUAUAUUUCCCAACACAACAACUUGGGCAAUUCUUCUUACACUCUUUCUCUGAAUGCCUUUGCUGAUCUCACCCACCAUGAGUUCAAGACCUCUCGCUUGGGCCUCUCCUCUGCUUCUCCUUUUAAGUCGAAAAUGGGUCCAAAAUUCCUCCAUAACCUGGAAAUCCCUAUUUCAAUAGAUUGGAGGAAGCAAGGGGCAGUGACCCGUGUCAAAGAUCAAGGAAGUUGCGGCGCUUGUUGGUCCUUCUCGGCAACAGGUGCUAUUGAAGGUAUCAAUAAGAUUGUCACCGGAUCCCUUAUCAGCCUAUCCGAGCAAGAGUUAGUCGAUUGUGAUAGAUCUUACAAUAGUGGCUGUGAUGGUGGACUGAUGGACUAUGCAUUUCAAUUUGUUAUUGAUAACCAUGGGAUCGACACUGAAGAAGACUACCCUUACUCAGGUCGGGAAAAGUCCUGCAAUAGGGCAAAGUUAAAAAGGCAUGUUGUGACAAUAGACGGCUACACUGAUGUGCCCGAAAACAAUGAGAAACAGCUACUACAAGCUGUGGCUACUCAGCCUGUGAGUGUAGGUAUAUCUGGCGGCGAGAGAGCAUUUCAGUUGUACUCAAAGGGGAUUUUCAGCGGCCCUUGUUCGACUAAUUUAGAUCAUGCUGUAUUAAUUGUGGGGUAUGGUUCAGAAAAUGGAAAGGACUAUUGGAUCGUAAAGAAUUCAUGGGGAAGGGGUUGGGGAAUGGAUGGCUAUAUGCACAUUCUGCGUAACAGCGGCAGUGCUCAAGGAGUUUGUGGUAUGUAUAUGCUACCUUCAUAUCCGACAAAGACUGGCCAAAACCCACCUCCUCCACCACCUCCUCCAGGUCCAACCAAAUGCAAUCUUUUUACUCAUUGCGGCGAAGGGGAAACCUGCUGCUGUGCAAGGCGUAUUUUAGGAAUAUGCUUUUCGUGGAAAUGCUGUGGAUUCAGCUCUGCAGUCUGUUGUAAAGACAAGCGUCACUGUUGCCCUCAUGAUUAUCCCAUUUGUGAUACAGAAAGGAAUCAGUGCCUCAAGCCUACUAGGAACACUACAAUGACGGCGCUGGAAAACAGAGUAUCUUCUUCAAAGUCAGCCUACUGGGGCUCCAUUUUGGAGGGCUGGGUUUUUUGAAGUUUCUUCACUGUUAUCGGUGAAAAUUGAAAUACUGUGGUCUAACCAGAAGCAGAAGGUUACAAAUGUAGUACUUAAGCAAAGAGUUAUUUUUUUCUUUUAGCAUUAGCAAAGAGUUAUUUUUUUCUUUUAGCAUUAGCAAAGAGUUGUAUGUAUAAUCGGAGUCUCUGUCCAUUUGUCAUUGGAAUUAUUGGAUAUGUAUGGGAGCAAGACAACAUCUUUUCGGAAAGAUGAAUUAUUUACAAGACAUUUCACAAUAAGAAGAUGCUAUAUAAGUAAAAUACCAGAACUGAGUUGAUUAUGGAAUAUUUCUAUUUAAUAAAUUUAUGAAAUGUGAUGGUCAUCUUUGUCCAA